UCACGUCAGUGCGUUCUCGGUCGUCGUUAGGGGUGGUUCGUGUCUCGAUCUGGCGACUCGCACGUGUAUCGACACCGUCGAACGUCGCGUCGUGUCGUCGGACGCGUCGCUAGCGGGAGCGUGCGCACCAAGGAAAAUAUUUGGAGAAACGUGUCCGGUGUGGCUGUGCGUGGACGGAAGGGGAAACGCGUUGUGUGAUCCGCUGCCGUGUGCAAGCAUUCGACUGUUUCCCGUGACACGUUACUCGUGCAUACGUUUUACGGAGCUGAUUUAGUGGCCGGGCCUCUUUAGUGUAUACACGAUUCGACGAAACCCGGCGAGAAAGAGAAAAAGCCGUACGCGUAUAUAUAUAUGCUCGGGGAGAGAAAAAGCAGAGACCGGAAGAGGAGCCGAGAAUCUGUACGGUGGUCUGCUUUUCUCCAGCGCUACGUUGCUGUUUGUUAUUUCGUUUUCGUUUUCGUUCGGCCGAUAAUGGAUUAAUUUUCGCCGGGGAGUUUACCCCGGCGGCGGCUGUAUACCCGAACAAGAGCACACAGCACCGCGGCGCGCACCACUCUGCGAUAAAUCAAGGUCCAUUUGGCCCCGAAUGGUGCACCAGGGUUAACUUAUUAAGGCCGGAGUGAUGCGAUCCACGCAGGAGUAAGCGAAGCAAGCUCUACGAUGGGACUCGUUCGACGGACGAAGCUGCUUCCAAGCCGAACGAUGGCGUCCCUAUUACCGCUGCUGCUGCUCGCAGCGUUACCGAACGCUCGAUUAGAAUCAGCAAUCAGUCCAGUGAGUAACGUGGGCUCGGUAUCGAGCGGUUCUUCGUCGUCCUCUUCGUCCGCCUCCUCUUCGUCCAUGGUGGGCGUCGUGUCUAGCAGCGGCACAGGUUCCGGCAGCAUAGUAGGGUCUGGCAACAGCGUGGUCGGGGGUGGCGGCAGCAGCAGCAGCAGCGUCGCCGGCAGCAGCGGUGGACACUCGUCUCUAAGCGGUGGAGCGGCUAAUGGAAACGGCAGAUGCGAGGAGAUCACUAUUCCGAUGUGUCGCGGGAUCGGAUAUAACCUGACAGCGAUGCCGAACGAAUUGAAUCACGAUACCCAGGAAGAGGCUGGCAUGGAGGUGAACCAAUUCUGGCCGUUGGUCGAAAUCAAAUGCUCGUCCGACCUCAAGUUCUUCCUGUGCUCGAUGUACAUACCGAUAUGCUUGCCGGAGUACACGAAACCGCUUCCAGCGUGCAGAAGCGUGUGCGAGAGAGCGCGGGCCGGUUGCGCGCCGCUGAUGCAACAAUACGGAUUCUCCUGGCCGGAGAGAAUGGCCUGCGAGAGAUUACCCGCCCACGGUGACCUGGAAAAUCUGUGCAUGGAACAGGACAAUCGCACCACGACGACCGGUUACGGGUCUGGUAACGGGGGCGCCGCGAGCAGCGUGCCCUUACCGGCUGCAGCGCCACCGCGUCCGACGACCGGCAACAUCGGCAGCGGGGCUGGACUGGCAGGCAUGGCCGUAAGUGGGGGCAUUCCGGCGCCACCGAUAAGCAUCGCUCGGAACAUCAUUCAGGACAUUGCCGGAGUACCGAAUUGCGCGCUCCCGUGUCACGGGGCGUUUCUCACCCCCGAAGAGCGAGGUUUCGCAGCCGUGUGGCUGGCUCUGUGGAGCGGCCUGUGCGCCGCAAGCACGCUCGUGACCGUCACCACGUUCCUGAUCGACACCCAGCGCUUCAAGUAUCCUGAGAGACCGAUAGUCUUCCUCUCGGCCUGUUACUUCGUCGUCUCGAUCGGCUACCUGUCGAGGAGCGUGUUCGGCCACGAGGAAAUCGCUUGCGACGGUCCAGCGUUGAAGUCCGGAGCGCAGGGUCCCGGCGCCUGCGUAACCGUCUUCCUCAUGAUCUACUUCUUCGGGAUGGCGUCGUCGGUCUGGUGGGUGAUCCUCGCGUUCACCUGGUUCCUGGCGGCUGGACUGAAGUGGGGCAACGAAGCCAUCGCGUCGUACUCCCAGUACUUCCACCUGGCAGCCUGGCUGGCGCCCACGAUACAGACAGUAUCGGCCUACGUAGCCGGGGGAGUGGCCGGGGACCCGGUAGCCGGAGUCUGCACGGUAGCACCGGAGGGAGUACGUUCGUUCAUCCUGGUCCCGCUGUUCGUGUACCUUCUGCUGGGGACGAGUUUCCUGUUGGCGGGAUUCGUGAGUCUGUUCCGGAUUCGAUCGGUGAUCAAGCGUCAACCCGGAGCCAAAGCGGACAAACUGGAGAAGCUGAUGAUACGCAUCGGCGUGUUCAGCGUUCUGUACACGCUGCCGGCCGGAGUAGUGUUGGCAUGUCACAUGUACGAGACGGCCCUAAGAGACGAGUGGCUCGGCUCGUUGGCCUGCCCGUGCGGUCCUCGGACCAGGCCUCUCUACUCCGUCCUAAUGCUCAAGUACUUCAUGGCGCUCGCGGUAGGCAUCACGUCCGGCGUUUGGAUCUGGAGCGGCAAAACCGUCGACUCGUGGAAACGUCUGUGGAGGCGCUUGUUCGGAGGCGGGAGCGCAGGAGGAGGUCACGGAGGCGGUGGAGGCGGUAUGGUAGCAGGCGUGACAGGCGUCAGCGGGGGUAUCGGCAGUACCAGUAUCAAGGGCGUCGUAGGACGUGUCGGAGUGCCGUAUCCUCCGGCACCGGGCCCGGGGAGCGCGCUGCUACCACCGGGCAGCGUAGCGAGCGCCUCCCAGCAUCAUCUUCAUCAUCACGUCCUCAAACAACCCCCUCUGUCGCACGUAUGACGUCACCAGUCGGCGGGAGGCGACAUGAACACCGCCGGCUGCGACCAGCAGCAACAACAACCACAGUCGGUGCAACAGGAGAGGCCUUCCGCCCUUAGUAACUACGGGCCCAUUUAGCCCUUCGCCUCGGCCUCGCGCAGGCACACGCCGCACACGGCGCCCCAUACGGCGCCACAUACGCCGC